AUGCCAUCGUUAGAUGACACCAUUUCUGAUUUAUUUCCAGAUCCGUGGACCUUGCGCGAUGUCAUUGCCUACCUUUCUAGAAGCCAUUGCCUAGAAACCAUCCAAUUUCUCGAAGACGCCUCAAGAUACCGAGUUUGCCACGCAGAAAUAGUCGAUAACGAUCGAAUACCUGAAGAAUCAAGAAGAUGUCAUUACGAUUAUCUUCAAGACCAAUGGGAGAACUUGCUCACCACCUAUAUCCUUCCGAACGGCGAACGAGAGCUCAACCUUCCCUGUGAUGUUCGGGCUCGACUUGUUCAAGUUCAAUCUUCCGACUCCUCUCAGCCUCCUCCUCAUCCCUCGGAACUGGACGGUGCCGUCAAAAUUGUCCGAGAACUCCUAGAGGGCUCCAUAUUAUCCGGGGCUUUGACGUCUGAUGGCUCGCCGGAACCACAAAGCGAUGAAGAAGGUGGCGGUUGGAGGAAAAUCAGCAAUAAGAUUCUACGGAAACCAUCACCGCCAGUUCCAGGACAGGACCAUAGGGGCAAGGCCAGAACAAGCAUGGAUUCGGGACCGACGACGUUUACCUGGAAAGACAAGACCGAGCCUCCCUGUUGCACACGGCUCCAGUUUCUAGGAGACACUCAAGACUCACCCCAAAGCCACUUAUCGCGGCGUGCUAUAGAGAUUUUCAACAAUACCAUUCGUCGAGUUAGGAGCAAGAGGCAGCUCAAGUCACCACCAGAGAAGGGUGGUGUUCUCGACAGUGUGGUGGGUGUUAAGAGUCACUUCCUCAGCCCGUAG